AUGAAGUCUACUAUCGCCCUUCUGGCGUUGGCCCAAGGCAUUGCCGGCCAUGUCAUCCGACAGCCUGACGACUGCAAGUCUACUGGAAAGGCCGUAUACCUUAUCACCAACGAUCAAGUCAACUCGGUCGUUGCUUUGCCCAUCAAAGCUGAUGGCACUCUCGGCGUAGGCACCGUCACACCGUCCGGUGGCAAUGGAGCUAGCUCGAUAAAUGGCAUGACGAACCAAACAGCAGGACCUGACUCACUCGCAAGUCAAUCCGCACUCACUGUGGCCGGAGGUUAUGUAUUCGCCGUCAACCCCGGAAGCAACUCGCUUAGUAUGCUGUCCAUCUCGAAGAACGACCCGACAAAGUUGACCUUAGUCGGCAAACCAGCGCCAAUCCCAGGCGACUUCCCGACUACAGUCGCGGCGUCGGCUAAGAACCAGCUAGUGUGUGUUGGUGCCACAGGUUCGACCGCCGGAAUCACCUGCGCCCCUUUCACCCACAAGGGCCUCGGAGCCAUGGACACACUCCGGUCUAUCGACCUCGGGCAGACCACACCACCAGUCGGCCCCACGAACACCGUCUCACAGGUCUUCUUCUCCGAAGACGAGUCCACGCUCUUCACCAUCGUCAAAGGCGACCCGACCACGAACAAGACGGGAUUCGUCUCCUCCCUCGCCGUGCAGCAGAGCCCAUCGUGCGGGAGCUCCUCUAUUGCAUCCGUUGCGCAUCAAGACGAGCGCACCUCGCCAAACGGCACCGCCGUGCUCUUCGGUUCGCAGAUGAUCCCGGGCACGAACACCAUCUUCUCCACGGACGCCUCCUUCGGCGCGGUCGUCAUGUCCGUUGAUGAGAAGACGGGCCAAGCCAGCGUUGCCGCCAAGCAGGUGAUCGCCGACCAGCAAGCCACCUGCUGGUCCGCCUUCUCCAAGGCCACAGGCAGCGUCUACGUGACCGACGUCUUGAUUCCGCGAGUGCUGGAGAUGAGCGCCAAAAAUGCGAGUAUCAUAUCGGACAUCAACUUGUCUGCCGGCGGUGACACUGGGUUCAUUGAUCUGAAGGCGUCUGGAGAUUACUUAUACGUUUUAUCUCCCGGGAACGGGACGAGCACUGCGGCGAUCAAUGUUUUGGACCUCUCGGGUGGACAGGGCAAGGCGAAGGCUAUCCAGAGAUUUGCCCUUGGUGGACAGGCUGGGAAGAGCGCGCAGGGAAUUGCGACUCUUGAUUAA